AUGUCUGAUGAAGAGGAGGACUACAUGUCAGAUGCCUUCCUCAGUAAAAUGUGAGUCUCUUCAGUUUCCUGUUUGUUCUUAAACUUGAAAAUUAUGAGAUAAAUCACGUGAGUCUCAUGAAUUAGAAAAAUACUCCUCAGCGAGGCUCCGGAUUGAAGAAUAUUGUUUUAUUAACAAACCCGACUUCUUUAGAGCUUCUAUGUUGUGAACAAUGUUCUGAAAAUAAAUGUGAUGAUUUGUAAAUUAUCUAUUAUCGUAUUUUUUAAUGAACACGGUGCAAAGUCAAUACAUCAAAAUAAAAAAUCUUACUGUUUCUAAAAGAUAUAUUUUCAUUUUGCUUUUCACUUCUUUGCUGACGACCCUGUCAUUUAUUACUGAGCACAUAUGAUCACUGAAGCUCUCUCAAAUCUUCAGCGUGUAAUUGUUUCAGAUCAGCUUUGUCAACUUUCAGUCAUUCAUUCUAUCUAUAACAUUAAGAACCGGUACCAGCUGUGAUUCUCUCAAGCUUUGUAUUCCUGAUUCUUUAAUUAGCUUCCAUUUUGAGUGUAUAUAAAGCGCUGUGUUUAGUGUGUUUAGUUUCCCCUUGUUCUUCUCUCCAUCAGCCAAGAUGUGAAACCAGGCGUGAGCAUGGUGAGGAGGGUGAAAGAAGCGAUGAAGAAGGAGACAAAGCAAAAGGAGAUAAACAUUAAGAACCGGCAGAAGACCUUCAAGGAGCAGGAGACGGAGAGCAGAGAAACGGCUUUACAAAACUCCAUCAGCAACGAGAACAAGGGAUUCGCACUUCUCCAGAAAAUGGGCUACAAAGCUGGUCAAGGCCUCGGGAAGGAGGGUAAGUUUCCUUUUCUUUAUUAUUAUAAAUGUUUAUGAUUAUUUAUGUGCACCAAUGAUUCUCUCUGUUAUCACUUCAGGAGCAGGGAGAGUGGAUCCGAUCCCGCUAAAUAUCAAAACAGGUAGGAAGUCUAGUUCAACUGUAUUUUAGUGUGCAGUCCAGCAGAUGGUUCAGAGUUUUUAUGGGCUGUUCUCUAAAUCAGACAGAGGGGGAAUCGGAAUGGAAGAAGUGAAGAAGAGAAAAGCUGAGGAAGAACUUGAAAAUUAUCGACGGAAAGUACGAGCCCAGCAGCAGAACGAGACCAAAUCCCUGGAAGACUUUCGGUGAGGUUUUGAGCUGUCUUUGAGAUGUGUCACCUCUUGUCUUUUGGGGACAAAAUUUUUUUUAAGACUCCGUCUUUAACUCUCUUCUCUUUUAUUCCAGAUCAAGAGUCCGGACAGAGAGAGAGGAGCGAAAGAUCGAAGGAGAUCUGAGGAGGAGUCAGCGAGCCUGUGAGCAGCUCGACGCCCAAAAGGUUGGACCAGGUUCACAUCACACCAACCAGACAUCAUGACUGUCGGAGCCAAAUCACAGAUGCAUUAAAAACACAAACUGUAAAAUAUAUAAAAUACUGAAAAACACUGAAAAAAUUAAAACAGGAAUUGAAGCAAUUCAGUCACUAUUAAACCAAUAAGAAAAUGCAUGAAGCAUAAUGUCAUAAAUAUAUAUCAAACAUGAUAUUUCUGUCCUGACCCAGAUGAUAAAAUUGUCUGAUCAAUGUUACCAAAUAUUGAUAUUUCUCUGAAACUAUGUGUCUCUCUUGACUUACUGCAUCAAAGUUUGUUUUUGUUUGUUUUGAAACCUUCUUUGCCUAUUUUGUGUUUUUAGGGCGUCUCUGUCCCCAGAGAGCCCUGGUACUGGCCUAAAGCAGAGUCUGACGAUGAGGAAGAUGCUGAGAAAGAGGAGGAUGAGGAAGAGGAGGAGGAGGAGGAGGUUGUAGAAUUAACUGUGAGUAUUCAUUCACCUUUUUUCUCUUUAGCGGUGUAAUGUGUUACCUUGUAAUAUGAAGCUUAAUCAGUUUUUUUGACAAAUUAUCUGCAAGAGGUCAAGCCUUGAUUUACAAGUUUGUUUGGUGUAAUAUGGUGUAAAUGCAUCAUGUUUAAUGUGCUGAUUAUUCAGAGAGUAUUUGAUUUGUGUUUCUCAUUUACAGUCCUUUGACAAACUACAAAUUUUAACAUCCUAUCUGAGAGGAGUCCAUUUUUACUGCAUAUGGUGUGGGACCACUUAUAACGGUGAGUGUGAUGACAGCACGGCAGCAGGGUUACUGUCGUCUCUGUCACCUUUACUGAUGAACUUAUGUCCUUUUCUUUCUGUACAGAUGAAGACGACCUGAGCUCCAACUGUCCUGGAGACUCAGCAGCAGACCAUGAAUGA